UAAAAACUGGAAAAAUUAUAAUAAAAUUCAACAUUAUUCCGGAGAACUACAACUGGACAACAACUGAAUAUUUAGAAUAUUUAAACAAAUAGCAUUUAAUUGUUACUAACUUCAUCAUGAAUAAAAGCUUAUUGACUCUAACAACUUUAACUGCCCUAUUGGCUGUGGCCUCAGCUCAAAUUGUUUCCAAAGGUGCCUGCCCUGAGAAUGUAAAGGUUGUGGAAGAUUUUAAUGUUGAAAAGUAUUUGGGUAAAUGGUAUGAAUAUGCCAAAUAUCCAGUGUAUUUCGAAGCCGAUGGCAAAUGUAUAUCGGCUGAAUAUUCCUUAAACUCUUCGGGCCUUGUUAAUGUUAAGAAUGCUUUGAUUAAUGAAAAAACUAAUGCCAAUUCCGAUAUCUUGGGUACUGCCACUUUGAUUUCGAAUGCCAAAUUAUUGGUUAAGUUCCCCGUUUCACCUGUUAUCACUGUUUCCAGUAACUACUGGGUUUUGGAUACCGAUUAUGACAACUAUACUGUGGUGUACUCCUGCACACCUGUGACAGAAAAUACACAUGCCACCAUUGUUUGGAUUUUGACACGCCAACCUCUUCCCGAGCCAACUAUCAUUGAAAAGGCUGUUAGUGUUUUGAAAACUAAUGACAUCUCUUUGCAGGAUUUGAAAAUUACCAACCAAAUUUCAUGCAAUGAAGAAACUGCUUAAAUUUGAAGCAUACAGCAACAAGUUUAAUGUUUGAAUUUUGAAUUAAUUGUCUUUUUUGAGAAAAGAAAAUAAAUAAUUAUGGUUGUUGCAACCAUUAAAAAUCUUGCAUAAUUA